AUGGCGGUAGUAGCGAAAAAAGGAGUUUACAUAGUAGCUGGUAAACGUACUCCUUUCGGGAUGUACGGAGGUAUGCUGCGUGAUGUUCUCGCUGAAGACCUAUUAGCCACCUCAGCUGUAGCAGCACUGAAGGCCAGUGGCAUGGCUGCAGAUCUUGUUGACACAGUCAACAUUGGCCAGGCAGUUUCGGUAGCACAAUCUGGAUAUUCUGGCCGACACGCAGCCUUAAAAACCGGCAUUCCUGCAGAACGACCAGUUCUCACCGUACACAAGCUGUCUGGAUCUGGAUUUGCCGGGAUAAUUUGCAGUGCACAAGAAAUCUUGAUAGGGUCAGCUAAUAUAUCCUUAGCUGGUGGCAUGGAGUCUUUGUCCUCUAUUCCUUACCUAAUCCGAGACUUGCGUUUUGGAACACAUAAGGGAAAGACCAUACAAUUUGAAGACUAUUAUCAGAAGUGUCUUUUUGAUACCACUUGCAAUAUGCAUUUGAUACAAAUUGCUGAUGUUGUUGUGGCCAAGUACGGAGUGACUAGAAGAGAGGCAGAUGAAUUUGCUUUGAGGUCGUACCAGAAGUGGAGAGAUGCGGAUGCCAAAGGUAUUUUCAAUGAAGAGCUAACACCCGUAUCAAUAAAGGUGAAGGACCGUGAGGUUCUCAUGACAAGAGAUGAAAUUCCGCAACGUUCUGUAACAUUAGAGAAAUUUAGCAGUUUGCCAACCUCAUUCAAAGGUGGCGUCACCACUUCUGGUAAUUGCUGUGGCAAUGCUGAUGGUGCUGGAGCAGUGAUCUUAACCAAUGAAGAAUCUCUAAAGCUUCAUGAGCUAAAGCCACUGGCUCGGUUGGUGGGCUGGUCGUAUAUAGCAUUAGAUCCAGUUAUGACGGGCAUGGCACCGGUAGUGGCUGUGCAGUCACUACUCAAGAGUACAGGGUUAACGAUUAACAAUAUGGACUUGGUCGAUCUGCACGAAACCUUUGCAGUAGCAACAGUGGCAUGUGCCAGAGAGCUGGAGGUAGAUGAUGAAAAAUUGAAUGUUAAUGGAGGAGCCAUCGCUCUUGGACAUCCACCAGGCGCCACUGGUACCAGGAUCGUGUCAAACCUCACGUAUGAACUUAGGCGACGCGGUUUAAAAAGAGCUAUAACAGCAGCAUCCAUAGCUGCUGGACAAGGCGUAGCCAUGAUUAUUGAAACUGUUUGAACCUUGG